CUCCCCCAUCUCAUCACCUCCUCAUUGUCCCCAGAGUGAUGCCUUCAUGUCCCUCAUGGGCUUCGGCUGCGGGAUGGACUUCGACUCAGACAAAGCCUACAGGGACGUGGCCUGGCUGGGGGACUGCGAUGAGGGCUGCCUGGCACUGGCAGAGCUGCUGGGCUGGAAGAAGGAGCUGCAGGAGCUGGUGAGGAAGGAGCACGCGGCCAUUGAUGCCAUGGCAGCCCAGGAGGAUAAGAGCAGCACCUCAGGGGGUGACCCCAAAUCCCGGAGGGGCCGCACCGAUGGCUCGGGGGGGGGCACUGAGAGCAGAGGAGCUCCCAGCAAACACCAGGAAGACGGCAAAGAAUCAUAGAGAGGAGGGUGGUGACAUUAAACAGCACUGCAGACGUA